GUACUAUAAAUAGAUAUCAAUUUCGAACCGAACCCUAAUCUCAACUCAAAGCAGCAGAUUCAGCGAUGAAAAUCAUUAGAUAUACUUAUUCGGGAUUAGAAAUCGCCCAACAAACACCUGAUUCGGAUCUUCAGGCACUCGAGCAACAUAUACAAACACCUAAAUUGGAUCCGCAGAAAGGCAAUCAACAUAUGUACGCAAGACACCUGCAGGAAAGUUCAGAUUCCAAGCCUCCGGUGACGUUCAAAAAUUUCUAUCGAGAUGGUGUACCGAACCUUCAUUCUAAGGUAACACCUUUGUUUGAGGUGGGCUCUGUUCACAUUGAUAAUAACCAAUCCAACGAGUUUAGUUCUAUUGAAAUUUAUGGCACCAUUGUGCUCAUUGAUGAUCAUGGGAACGAAUUCUAUAUUUUUGAUUGCAAGCAUCGUAAUGAUGCAAAGUCUCACGUUUUAGACCCCAAAACACCCACAUCUCUAAUCCUUCAAAACUUUCAACCGCGUGGUGUACCAAGUAAAUUUUGCUUGCUAUUUCAACUCAAAAGAAGACUGUGUGGUGCUGCUGAGGAAGAUAUUGUAAUCUUCGAUGAUUACAAGUACAUAGAUUGCACUGAUGAAGUUCUUUAUGACAAACCACAAGUCCAUGUCUUCGACUCUGAUAAAGGUGGAUCUAUUAUUACGGUGACUUGCACAAUAUUUCAAUGUGCACUUUUAGCCGAGGUGGGUAUUGUAGUUGAAAAAACCGGCAAAUGUGGAAGUGGUGUUGAUGAGAGUGGUGUUGCGGAAAUUACUGGUAGUAUUGUUGCAGUAACCAGGGGAUUGAGUGAUGAUAUGGUACCUAAUGUACGUACGCUCCUUGCUGUGUCAUGCGAAAAGUUCAACUUUGGGAAUUAUACUCCACUGUCUUCAUUGGCGGUGCCAGCAUAUUCUUCGGUUGAAUUUCGAGGUCAACUAAGUGUUAAUCGGCAAGAUUUAAGUAGUGUUUUGACAUUUGAACCCUGUAAUGAAAUUAACAUAUUUCAUGAGAAACAAAUUGGCCGUAGACCAUAUCGGAUCCGAAUGAUUGUGUUUUGGAAGCACGGUGCUACAAGCCUUCCGGAAGGUAAUGUACUUGAGUACUAUGCUAAAGCAAGUGAAACACCCUUUACCGAUCAGAGGCCAACAAGCAAAAUCCUUGAGACUGAAAAUACAUAUUAUUUCCAACCAGUUGUGAGACAAUACUUUAAGGACUUGAAAUGGGACAGAGAUGAUUUUUUUCCAACUGAACUUUUGGAGAUUUUCUCGAUUUCUGUUUGUGCUUAUGAUCAAGGAGAUUCUGCAUUCAGUCUUAGAGGAAAAGUGAAGUGUUAUGAUUGCAGAGGAUGUCUAUCUAUCUUUGAUUCAGACACCGGAGGCAUCUUCACUUCCACUUCCAGUGACAUUGUAAAGCUAGUUCCUGAUCUUGGUCGUGGUUUUGUCGGUUCACAUCUGGGGAUAGUAACCGAGCUGAUGGAUAAUCAAGGCCGUGAGAUUAGCUUUGGGUCUGCGACAUAUGAUUUCGACACAAUUAAAGUAUGGCGUGACAAGCGGAUCUGUUCAGUUAUUAGGGGCCAAAAUGGUUUUGCAGCUGUGCACUAUACGAUCUUUUCAGAUGCUGUACUAGUUAAAUUAUCCUUUGAGGCAAUGUAUAACUUUCAAUCUAGUGUUGCUAUUGGUUGUAAAGUUCAUGGGAGUAUCAAUACUUGGUACAUCAACUUCAAUUACUCCACUCACUAUGCAAAGAAGUAUUACCGAAGUACACUGUUUGAAAAGGAAGAGUGCGAUGCUGUGAAUCUUGCCGGUGGUGAGAAAAUACCAUUGUCAAAAUCCGUAGUUGCAGUGCCGGUAUAUGGCUUACUCGUUGUGGAAGCAAUUGUUUAUGCACAAAAUGGGAAGCAUCGUGAAGAAUUGAAGUUUAAGAAAACAUUUUCUCCUGCUGAAGAUCAACGCGUGAUUGCGGAAUCGAGGCUUGGUAAGAGCUUUGGUUUAUUUAUGGAUGUGGAAUGGGUGAGGAACAUCCCUCUCAUCUAGGCUGCUUAGUAGAGGAGACCACGUCUAAUAUUUGUUUGAGCGCUUUUGUGAGUUUCCUUAUCAGUUGCUCUGUUAUUUUGAGUGCAUUUGUGUUAUAGAUUAUAAGCACUACCGUCUGUUCUUUUAU